AUGGGCAACCAGCACGCCACACUGGACGACAUCCUGGCGGAGGACAUGCACCACUGGUACAACAAGUUCAUGAAGGAGUCGCCGUCCGGCCUCAUCACGCUGUUCGAGCUCAAGGCCAUCCUGGGCCUGCAGGGCAUGAACGAGGACGCCAACGCCUACGUGGACCAGGUCUUCUUCACCUUCGACAUGGACGGGGACGGCUACAUAGACUUUGUGGAGUACAUCGCUGCGGUCAGCUUGAUGCUGAAGGGCGAGAUCAAUCAGAAGCUCAAGUGGUACUUCAAGCUCUUCGACCAGGACGGAAACGGCAAGAUUGACAAAGAAGAAUUGGAGACCAUAUUUACUGCCAUUCAAGACAUCACCCGAAACCGUGAUGUGGUUCCUGAGGAAAUAGUGGCCCUUAUAUUUGAGAGGAUUGACGUCAAUGGAGAAGGUGAGCUAACGCUGGAGGAGUUUAUUGAAGGGGCAAAAGGACACCCUGACAUCAUGGACAUGCUCAAGAACCUCAUGGACCUGACCCCGGUUCUGCUCAUCAUCGUCGAGGCCCGGCAGGUCAAAAAAUAA